AUGGUGACUGCUUCGCAGCUUCAGUUGCUUCAAUCUCCAAUUACGGCCCUUAUUUCCUCCAUUUCUACAUCUGUUAAUGUCAAGCUGGAUGAUUCGAACUACCUCAAUUGGAACUUUCAGAUGCAACUUUUGCUUGAAAGCAAUGGAAUCAUGGGGUAUGUUGAUGGUUCGAUUCCUUGUCCAUCUCAACACGGUUCGACCUCUGAUGAAUCUGGUAUCAUUUCUUCUUCUCCAACUGAUGAAUAUAUGGUAUGGAAAAUGCAUGACAGAGCUAUUAUGCAAUUGAUCACUACAACAUUAUCACCUAUUGCUAUGUCUUGUGCGAUUGGUAGCACUAGCUCCAAGGAUCUGUGGAUUAGGCUAAAGGAACAAUUUUCCACUUAUCUUCAUCGCAUUAAAGAAGCUAGGGACUAUCUUUCUGCUGCUGGGGUGUACUUUGCGGAUGAAGACAUUGUCAUUCUUGCCUUGAAUGGACUACCUGCUGAGUAUAACACCUUCAGAUGUGUUAUACGGGGGCGUGAAAGUGUGAUUUCUCUAAAAGAUUUUCGCUCACAGUUACUUGCAGAGGAAACCAUUGUUGAACAUUCGGUUAAUACUCCUCUUAUGACAGCUAUGGUUGCUAAUACAGGUUCCACUUACACAAAAGGGCCUCCUUUUCAGCCUCAGAGUUUCUCCCCCCACUCAUGUGUUUUCCCCUAUGGCACAUAUGCUUCCCACUCUACUCUUGGAGUUCUUGGUCAAUCACCUGGUCAACAGUUUGGCAUUCCUUCUGCACCCAUGAUUCAAAUCUGUCAAUUAUGCAACUCUGAGGGACACACUGCUCCAUUCUGUGGGGCUUCUCAUGAGAAAACCAAAUGUCACAUCUGUGGUAGAAGUAAUCAUACACACCUGUACACUUCAUAUCAAGCUCUCCUCAGCAUUCCUCAUUCACACCUUCACAGUUUCGGCUCCGCAACCUUCUAUGCAAGCCAUGCACACAGUGCUCAAUUCUGCAUCUCAAUCAUCCAAUUCUUCAGGUUCUUCUCGGACAAAGCCACCGGGAGGAUCCUUUACAGAGGCUUGUGCAGUAAUGGACUAUAUCCUAUCCACUCCUUGUCCACUUCAAACUACAGACACCUUCAAGCUAAGGCAUUUCUUGGCCAACUUGUUCAGUCUAAUCUGUGGCACCAUAGGUUAGGUCAUCCUACCAAUAAUGUUGUUCUUUGA